GUACUUCUUGCUACUGUUAACAAAUUGUAUCGUUUUCAAGUGGAGAAAAGUAAAAUUAUAAAAAUAAGUGAUGGCCAAUGUAAAUGCUGAAUCUGAUGUUGAGCUCGAAACAACGGUGGCUGUUCAAGUUGUAACAAAAGACAAUGAUUCAUUUCAAUUGGAUAUUGAUAAACUCAAAGAAAUACUGGAAACUGACGAAAUUAAAGACCGAUAUGUUGUCGUCGUAUCGAUUGCUGGAGCAUUUCGAAAAGGAAAGAGUUUUCUCUUAAAUUUCUUCAUCAAAUAUUUGAACGCACAGUACAAACGACGUGAUGUCACAGAAUGGUUAUACGAGACUGCUCAUAACGGUGCAUUUGGUGGAUUUGCAUCCAAAAGCGGUCGAAAACCGAUCACGUCGGGAAUUUGGAUGUGGCGCGAAAUAUUCACCCAUGAAUUGGCGAACGGUGAUAAGAUUGCAAUAAUUCUAAUAGAUACACAGGGCAUUUUCGAUCAUCAAAGCACCCCAAAAGAAUCUACAACAAUUUUUGCACUGAGUACAAUGCUUUCAUCGGUUCAGUGCUACAAUUUAAAGGAAAAUAUUCAAGAAGAUGAUUUACAGCAUUUGGAAUUAUUCACCCAAUAUGGCCGUCUGGCUUUAAACCAAUCAAAGGAAACACCAUUUCAAAAAUUGCUUUUCAUUGUGAGAGACUGGCCAUAUGCAGAGGAAGGCUUUGGAUUCGACGGACAAAAAGUCUUAGACGAAAUUCUUGCUGAAACCAAUGUACAAUCUACGGACAUGCAUCAAAUGCGUGAAAAUAUUAAAAUGAAUUUCGAAAAAAUCGAGGCGUUCUUAAUGCCAUACCCCGGCAAAAAUGUAGCAUUCGGACCAUUCUCCGGGACUUUGCAAGAAAUUGACAAAGAGUUUUUAGACUAUGUAAAAAUAUUAGUACCGUCGUUGCUUGCCCCUGAAAAUCUCGCCAUUAAAAAGAUCAACGGUCAAAAGGUACGAGCUCGCGAUUGGAUUAAAUUUUUGGAAAAAUAUUUUGAUGUUUUCAGUGGAGACAAAUUACCUAAACCAACAUUCAUUUUAAAUGCGACAGCCGAGUUGAGCAAUCAGAUUCUUUACGAUGAAUGUAUGAAACAUUAUGUUGAUAAAAUGGAAAAAAUGGUCAGGAAAGUUGAUUCAUUUAUUGAGGAAAAUGUUCUGACCAGAUGUCAUAUUCAAGCCGAAAAUGAAGCCGUUGCUAAGUUUUCGGAAAAACCGAACAUCGGAGGUGAUAAGAUAACUUCAUCUUUCGUAAGCCGAAUUAAAGAAAAGAUUGCACAAAAAUACACAUCGCUUAAAAACGAAAAUGUCAUUAAACGCCGCAAUUAUAACGAGUAUAUAGAAGGUUUGCGCCAUGAAAUAAGAGCUAAUUUCGAAAGUACUAUACACAGAUAAAUCGAAAGUGCGCAUCAGAAUGAUGCAGACCUUACUAAUCUAAUUCGAAAUGAAAUACGUUUGGCAAAGGAUACGGUAUGUAAUAUAUUUAUUACGCCAUACAUUAUUGAAAUUUCCAUUUCUUUUUAGUUUAAUGAUAAGAAAAAGGGAUACAAUGAAAUUUGCAAUAAAAACUAUGCUAUGCUACAUCGGGAUCUAUUAAAUUCAUCAAGAUAUUUUAUCGAAUUGAAUAAGAUGAAUAAGGUGCAACAAGUUGCCAAGGGUAUGGUGGCAGGAGCAGCGGUGGGCGCAUUAGCCGGGGUACGUUUCGGAAUUUUUGGUUUAGUAGGUGGAACAAUUGGUGGUGCGAUAU